AUGAUAUCCAGGAAAGGACAAAAGGCAAUUAAUGAAGGGGUGGUUGGUAAAUACGUGAAAAAGGAAACACCUCCAGAUCUCCCGAUAAUUAAUGUCUGGACUACGGGAAACAAUCGAAGACCUCGCAGUCAGCCAUUCGGAGCGAGUGAUGGAAGUUCCCAGAUUAUGGAAAAUAAAUUUGGUAAAGCUCAAACUAUGAGUGGUCAUGCAGGGAAAUAUACACCAAGUGAAUCAGUACCAAAUUUAGCACACAGGUUUGCUAGUUUAUCAACAAGUGAUGCAGCCAGUUCAUCUAGUAAUUAUAACUCACAAUAUCAUUUGGACUUGAACAUGGCAUCACAUUCAACACUAAACGAGGUGGAUGACUCAUUUAGUAGGCAACCCAGCUAUAGAUAUUACAGGCAACAACAACCUGAAGAUCCUAUUUAUCAAAAUCAGCAACAGGUACAACAGCAAAAACAGCAACACUAUAGCUCAAGAGAAUCUAGUAUGCCGCGAAUCUCAUCAAAUUUGAGUAUAACACCGAGACUACACGCUCCUUCUCCUCACUCUAUGCAUCUUCACACUUGUACGGACUCAUAUACAACUGUGAGUCAAUCAUCACCAAUAUACUCAAAUUAUGUAAAUGCGUCUGCUCUCCCAUAUCAUAAUAAAGGCCCUGGAAGUAGCAUCAUGUCAAGCAACCAAGGUUCCGAUGAAUGUGAGUUGCCGUUACCGCCGGGGUGGUCCGCGGAUCGCACAUUGCGUGGUCGACGGUACUACAUGGACCAUAACACACAGACUACACAUUGGACGCAUCCGUUGGAGAGCGUGCCACAACCUUGGCAAAGAGUUUCUACGCCACAUCAUGGAGUGUAUUAUUUUAAUGAAAUCACUCAUCAGACAACAUAUGCGCACCCUUGCUUGGUUGGAGGAUGCUAUUUGGUUAGCCCGCUCGUUCCCACCCUCGUGCCACCUUAUCUUCUAGAAGAGAUACCUCAUUGGCUGAUCGUUUAUUCGAAAGCUGAUCAAGAAUUAGAUCACAAGCUUCGUUGGAACAUGUUCCGGUUAAGCGAGCUAGACUGUUACUCGGACAUGUUGACACGCCUCUACAAGCAAGAAUUGCAGCUAAUCGUGAUGAAAUAUGAAAGAUACAGAUCUGCUCUGUUGCAAGAGCUCGAGAGAAGAAGACGUGCAGUGACAUAUCACACACAUCCCAACUACUGA